GCAUCCCCGCGACCUGUCCUUCCCGCGGGCCCGCACCCAUCCCUCACCUCGCCAUCCCCCUCCUCUCGGCCGCCUCCCUCGCCCCGACGCUGUGGGCGGUCCAAGGCGGGGCUGGGAUCCGGGCGGCUCUCGGGGCUGGGGCUGUGGGAGGUGUCCUCUCCCGGUCUCCCCUUAUCAUCCCCCCCCCCGCACCCCUCCCCGCACCCUCCUCCUUCCCUCCGCCCGGGAGCUUUCCCCGGUGCCCGGCGCCGCCUCCUUCCCUCCCUACUCCCCGCGCUUGUGGCUGCAGCCACCCGGGGAAGGAGAGACGGGGGUGGGGUUUGGGGAUCUGAGAGAGGAGGGAGAGACCCUGGCUGGGCUGGAGUCCGGAUUCGACGGGAGGAGGGAAGGGAGGACGGGAAAGGUGGAGGAGGAGGAGGGGGGAGCAGGGAGGAGCGGCCUGGCCUGGGGCCUUGCGGCCCGGGAGCGCCGGGGAUCUGGGCCGGAGCGCCGAGAUGCUGCUGCUGCUGCUGCUGUUGGCGCCGCUCUUCCUCCGCCCCCCGGGCUCGGGUGGGGCGCAGACCCCCAACGCCACCUCAGAAGGUUGCCAGAUUAUACACCCGCCAUGGGAAGGGGGCAUCAGGUACCGGGGCCUGACUCGAGACCAGGUGAAGGCUAUCAACUUCCUGCCGGUGGACUAUGAGAUUGAAUAUGUGUGCAGGGGGGAGCGCGAGGUGGUGGGCCCUAAAGUCCGUAAGUGCCUUGCCAACGGUUCCUGGACUGACAUGGACACACCCAGCCGCUGUGUCCGAAUCUGCUCCAAGUCUUAUUUGACCCUGGAAAAUGGGAAGGUUUUCCUGACGGGUGGGGACCUCCCCGCUCUGGAUGGAGCCCGGGUGGAUUUCCGGUGUGACCCCGACUUUCAUCUGGUGGGCAGCUCCCGGAGCAUCUGUAGUCAGGGCCAGUGGAGCACCCCAAAGCCCCACUGCCAGGGCACUUGCUCUUACCCCAGGCAUCUUUCCCCUCAGAAAUGCAGGCAGGCAUCUGCUCUCCCCCCUGACAGGUGUGGGCGGGGGCUGGGGACCAGGACAGGGAAGAUGGGCGCCAGUGGUAACUCUUCUCUGAUCCCCGUCUUUCCUGCUGCCAGUGAACCGAACACCGCACUCAGGUGA